AUUGGCUGCCCUUUCACUGUUUAAUUAUUUUUUUCAUUAGUUCAUAACGUGUAGUAGGAUGACAGAUCGCGGGAACUUCAAUGCUGUGAUCGGACAUGGACGUAAGAAGUGAAGUUAGAGAUCAAGCAAUCAAAUCUUCCGAGCGCUUGAACACACUGUUACCUCUGAGGCUGACACCUCAAGAGGUGGAGGGCAAUCCAGAGUUUGUCAAGCUCCUCACAGGAUUAACCAAGCACAUCAAUGAGCAAGGUGUUGGGCUACAAACACACAAGGACCUUGUGCAGGCCCAGGAAUUGUUGAAACAUGAGAAACACACUUGGCUUUUACACCACAUCCUCCAUCAUGAAGUCCAGGAGCUUAUUCUGGACUACGAGAUCAAAAGUCAAGAGAUGUCCCUCGCGGCAGAAGACAAGCAGUUCUUGGUGAUUCUCCGAAACUGUCUGACAUACAGCGAGAUUGGGGACUACUUGGACUUCAGCCCUGAUCCGACAUCCAAAGCAACUUUACUUGGCCUCAAACAGGAGGAUGUCAACAGACACAAUGCAUAUAGAAAGCAUAUUUCAUCAGUGCAGCAAAAGCUGAUUCCAGAAAUUGAAGCUCGAUUACAAAAGAAAUGUGAAAAUCUUGUCACUUUUUACCAACCACCGAAACUAUCAGACAGCACCCGUCUCACUUUGUCCAAGGCAGUGCAGUUACCUGGAGAGAUUGAGACCAACAAACAUCGGCUCAGUGAAGAUAAGAAACAGGUGCAGGUGAUCCGUCAAAAAAGAGACAAGCAGUUUUGGCUGUACUACCAGACUCUGCUGGACUUGCUGUCAGUUUUGGAAAAGGUGUUGAAGGACCACAAGUUAGAUCGGCAGGUGGAGUCUGACCUGGUCACAAGUGAAUGGCUCAUUGCCAGGUGUGAUGCCAUGUGUCUCAAAAUAAAAUUAGUUCAACUCCAGAUUAUGUGUGACACCUACACAGCUGAGACGGUGCAGGCUCUAGAUGUGGUCAGGAAACACUUGGACUCGGCUAUAGAUGACCAUGAGAAGGACAUGGUGCGAGUGGGUCAGGCAUUGCGGGCGUACGAGGCAGUGGGGAUGGGGUUUGAUGGCUUGGUUGAGGAGUACACAAGACUGAGGGGGGAGCUUGAGAACAAACAGUGGGCACUGGCUGAACUACAGCAGACAACUACACAGACCACAGGCUGAUCGGCUGCUGGUGCUGUUGUAUAUAUGUCCAUUAAACUUGUGAUAUGUG